AUGUUGCUCAAUGGGGCAUUCAAUGUUUGGGGACAUGGAAUAGGUGCGGUGCUCAUAUCACCGAAUGGGAAACAUUAUCCAGUGGUAGCCAAGCUCACCUUCCCUUACACUAACAACAUAGCCGAAUACGAAGUGUGUAUACUAGGGUUGCAGGCCACUAUGGAUCGGGAUGUCAAGAGAUUAACAGUAAGAGGAGACUUGGCCUUGGUCAUCCACCAGCUAACUGGAGAAUGGGAAACUUGGGAUCCCAAUACGGCACCAUAUCGAGAGUACAUUCAAAAGAUGAUAGAAUGGUUUGGUAGUAUUAGUUUCUCUCACAUGCCAAGAGAGAACAACGUGAUGCCUAACGCAUUGGCUACUCUAGCAGCUUUACUCAAGGUAGAAGAAGGGGUGAAGAUCAAAACCAUUCAUAUCAGAGUACAGUCCAAACCUGCCCACUGCACGGUGAUAGAGGAGGCCAACGGAAAACUGUGGUUUUAUGAUAUGAAAACGUAUAUCCAGAAAAGGGAGUACCCCGAAGGGAUAGCCAAUAAUGAUGGGAAGACUAUUAGAAGGUUGGCCAUGGGUUUCUUCUUGGAUGGCGAAGUUUUGUAUGAAAGGAAUCAUGACAUGACUCUCCUACGGUGUGUGGAGGCACAGGAGGCUCGACAAAUCUUGCGUGAGGUUCAUGAAGGGGUCUGCAGUACCCAUGCUGGUGGCCACUCAUUGGCAUGA